AUGGGUGUACCUCAGAUAUGGGAUCUAUUGAAACCUAUAUUAGUUGAUAGUCGAGUACCCUUUAGGAAAUUUGUGAAUGAUUUUAAUCAAGAGCAUGGUCGUUCACCAAAAAUAGCUAUCGAUGCUUAUUUAUGGUUAUUUGAAUGUGGUUUUAUCUCUAGAGAAGAUAGUAUAUCUAAAUAUAUUACACAUGGUACAGAAUCCAAGUCGUUAUUGAAUUUAAUUCAUAGGUUGAAGGAAUUCCUCUCAUUCAAUGUUGGAUUUAUAUUAGUAUUUGAUGGUUCGAUGAAGCCAUCUUUUAAAAAGGACAGUGGUCGUUAUGAUUCAACCUUAUUAGAAAAUGAUUUAUAUUUCAAUGAAAUGUUUAAAGAUAUUGAUUAUAAGGAUAUUUGGGAUAAACAUAAUUCAUUUCAUUCAAAUGUUGGCAAGUGCAUUGGCCAAGAAAGUGGUUUACAAAAUUCAGACUUCUUAGACAAUUUAAAAUCAAUAUUAAAAGAUUUUAAAAUAUCAUAUAUAGAUGCAUGUGGUGAAGCAGAAGCUCAAUGCUCUUGGUUGCAAGUCAAUGGAUAUGUAGACUUCGUUUUAACUAAUGAUUCAGAUAGUUUAUUCUUUGGAUGUACGAAAUUGCUUCGAAACUAUUCAAAAUAUACUCAAGACCUUGGAAGUUCAGGGAAUAGUCCAAUUAAGAAACCAGAUAGUCGUGAAUCAUUUGUUACCAUUGUAGAUAUGGAAAAGAUUCGUUUACUUAUGAAGGUUAGGACAGAUCCUGAUUCAUUUUUACUCUUUAGUGUCCUAUUAGGUGGCGACUAUAAUCAAGGUGUCAAAGGCCUGGGGAAAGCUAAAGCAGCGAAGCUUAGUCAAUUAGAAGAACCAGAUUUUGCUACUUUAUUUAGGAAUAUUUUCAGUGAUGUCCAUGCCAGUAAAGAAACAUGCCAAAAAAACUAUGCUAGCUUUCAGACUAAAAUUUACUCUUAUUGCCAAAAACAUUCAGUGUCACUAUUUGGAAGGAAUUAUAAGGAAUUAUUUGAUAAGGGUAAGCUAACAGGUUGGCCAUCGAUCUUGGCUGUUAUGUGUUAUAUCCAUCCAAUAAUAAUUCCUAAUUUCGAUGACAAACCUUUAACAGACGUUUACAUUAAUAGUGCUAAUUCUGAAGUUUAUAAAGAUAUUGACUUUGAAAGAUUAAGUGAAAGAUAA